AUGAGGUUUGCCAUCGUCACCAUCACUGCCACGCUUGCCUCUAGCGUCACGGCCAUAGCAUUGCCCUCCCUCUUGCAAAGGACAGGCCAAGCUCAAGGCGACAGCGUCCAUGCCAGGGUUACUGCUAUCAGCCGCGACCUCUCCGGCAACAGAACCCCCGACAAAGAGAUCGACGUCCCCCUCGGCACCCUCAUCCACGUUACUCUAGCACGGGUUGUGAGCCACGUCGUGGAUUGGCUCAACCCUGAGCUGACGAUCAUCGUGUAUCAGCAGAGGAACAACAAACCGUAG